AUGGGUGCACGUGGCAGAGGCCACGUCAGUUGGGUCGCUUGUUUUGGCUGUGCCACCUCCCCGCUUGCAUGUCCUUUAAAGAUUACCUGUGCAUCGGCGCCACCUCCCGCCGCGUCGCGCACCGGAUGCAGCAGCACACCCCAGGCCGCGCCGUCGCGCCCUCGCGUGCACCGCCAUGCCGCGCCGCCACAGCAAGCACAGCUCUCCAGCAGCCCCUACGGCCUCUCCCCGCGGCGCCAUGGCCCCCAAGCCUCUUCAUUCUGCGACCCCGGCUGGCAGGUCGCCGACAACGCUCAGUCGCUGCCCGCCCAUCGCCCCGCCAUCGCCUCGGCGGCCGCUCCACGCGCCACCAGCAGCGAGGCCGUGGCUGGCUGGCUGGCGGCGUGGGGGCGUGUGGCUGAGGAGCAGGGCUGCCAGGUGCCGCCACGCACCCCGCAGCACAGCCAGCAGAGCCUGAGCAGCGGCGUGCUGCUGGGCAGCCCGCCCACGGCGCCGCUCGGCAUCGGCACGCCGCCGUGCACGGCGGCUGUGCCCGCCUUCAGCGUCAGCCUGGGUGGCAGCAGCAGCGGUGGGUUCCGGGAGAGCUGGACCGCGGUGCUGCCAUACCUUGAGCCCUCCAGCGCCGGCAACAGCAGCUGCUCCAGCAGCCCUGCGGCAGGCAGCGGCGACAGCUGCAUAGGCAUCAGUGCCGGGCAUGCCGCCAGCGCGGGCCAGCGGCUGCGCUGCGCAAAGCCGCCGCAGCCGGCGUGGAGGGCGGCGGCGCCGCCUGUCGCAGCGCCCGCCGUGGCGCUCGCCUCGCCGCCUGCCGCCAUGCCCGUCUCUCCCUUUGCUGCUUUCGCGGCUGUGACGGCGCCUGCCAGCGCCGACUGGUGGCUGGAGGAUUGGCUGGCGGAGGAGGACGAGGCGGCGUGGGAGCAGGCA